AUGUCGAGGAGGACGAUUCGCGGUGACGCUGAGAAGUUCGAGUUCCAAGCUGAGGUCUCACGGCUGAUGGACAUAAUUAUCAACUCCCUCUACAGCAACAAGGACAUCUUCCUUAGAGAGCUCAUAUCUAACGCCUCUGAUGUGAGCAGAUCUUCUCUCCUCUUCACAUCCCUUUGCUAGCUCUGUAAAUAAUAUGUUUCUCCUUUUUUUUUUGUUUAUCGUCAUUCUCCUAUCAGGCAUUGGAUAAGAUCAGAUUCUUAUCUCUCACUGACAAAGAGAUACUGGGAGAGGGUGACAACACGAAGCUCGAGAUCCAGGUGAGCGGCGACAUGAUGUUUUGAGUGUGAGAAGAGAUGUUUCUCUCUGUCGUUCAAGAAUCCCAGAUUUUUUAACUCUAAUACGUAAUAUAGAUCAAGCUGGACAAAGAGAAGAAGAUUCUCUCAAUCCGGGACCGUGGUAUCGGGAUGACAAAGGAGGAUCUGAUUAAGAACUUGGGAACUAUCGCUAAAUCUGGUACCUCAGGUAAUGAAGCAAGGCGUCGCAAUGUCAGUGCAAUGUCUCAUUAUUGAAGACCAUAUUUCCGGUUCCAAUGGUUUUGUCCUAUCGUGCAGCAUUUGUGGAGAAAAUGCAAUCCGGUGGUGAUCUCAAUCUCAUUGGCCAAUUUGGAGUUGGCUUCUACUCUGUGUAUCUGGUUGCUGACUACGUAGAGGUCGUCAGCAAACAUAAUGAUGACAAACAGUACGUAUCAGUCGGCACUAGUUGUCUACGUGUUUUUUCUUUCUCCUGCGCACGGAAUCCGUCGGUUUCUCGUAUCUGAGGACUGUAUUCUGGAUCUUUCAGGUACGUCUGGGAGUCUAAGGCCGAUGGUUCUUUCGCUAUUUCUGAGGAUACCUGGAAUGAGCCACUGGGAAGGGGAACAGAGAUCAGGUUGCAUGUCAGAGAGGAGGCGAAGGAAUACUUGGAGGAAGACAAACUGAAGGUACACGUUCUGAUGGUUUUUACUGUUUCGUAAAGUUGUGUUAUUGCAUUAGAUAUUUUAGAUUAAGUGGUAGGAUUCGUCUAGGUUUUUCUAGGCAUACAUUGUGCAUAUUUUUAAUUUCGUUGUAAUCUGUGCAGUGUUUCUUGAAUCUGUUGCGCAAACCCUUCCUAAAACCACAUAACCCAUCUUAAACGAUCAAUCCCUGGAGGAGGACGAUCCGAAACUACAUUGAUGGGGAUAAUCAAAUGAGAUGUACUUAUAAAUUAUGGUGGAAUGUGGACAAGGAUAAUGAAAAUGAAAAUUCAGCUGAAAGCAUUUUGAUUUUAGUGCUUCAUUCUGAAUUUUGGUGCCUUCAGAACUGAUGAAAUACGAAUCUAAUUGACAUCAACUAUCCCUGAAUAUAUUUGAAGUUCUUGACUUUGGUACACUCAAAACUCAAUAGAAAUUUAUCUUACAGUAAUAGGCCUCCCAAGUCCUUAUGCAUUGUUGACUACACUGAACGCCAGACUUGGCUUGAAUUUUUGACUGCUGAGGGACAACCAUGCCGAUUCAUUAUUUCUUGAUAGCUUGUGUUUUUUUCGUGAUUUGGAUAGUCGUCCUUAUUAUAAUUUUUUUCUCGUCAUUCUUUCAUUAAAGUUCGAUGAAAUCAUUCGGUUGUUCAUUUACUUGGACCACGUUAUUAUUGAUUUUUUCUAUGAAAGCGUAAGUUCUUCUCUUAGUACACAUUCAAACUCCAUGUUUUUCGAGCACUGUACCCGGUUGACUUUGACGUGAAACCAUAAUUUUUAGUUUCCGAGAAAGGUGCAAUAUGUUAGGAUCUAGUUAUUCUCGACCAGGAAGAAAGACAAUGCCACUUUCUCAUAGAUGGUGUGAAUAAGAGCUACCGUAUUUGGUAUUUCCCCCAACUUCUUUUUUCGAUUUUUUAUUGGAUACGUGGAAAGAUGAAUAGACUUGCCCGAGUUGUUAUCUUCACCAAUUAGACGAAACUGAGCUACUUUUGCACAUUACAGUGACGGAUGAGUACGCCGUGCUAAUGUGCUUUGGAUUUCACAUCUCCACAUGAAGAAUUCUGUUUUCAUCUGAAACUUAACACGCAUAUUCAAGAAUCUGGCGUCUUGUUUGCCUGAUUGGUACCUCUCAUUUUCAACCUGCACUUGAAAAUGCAUUGUCUUAUUCAGGAGCUCGUCUGCGGUCGUAACGUUGAAAAUCCCAAGGAUUGGCAUUCUAUAAAUAGUAUGAUAAUGCUGUUUGAAGUUGAUUAUCUGUCAAAAUCCUGAAAAAGUAGUUCAACUACUGAGGAACAUCCUAGCGCAAGGUUUCUUUACACUUACGUUUCUUAUAACUACAGGAGCUGGUGAAGAGGUACUCCGAGUUUAUAAACUUCCCCAUUCAUCUUUGGGCCAGCAAAGAGAUUGAUGUUGAAGUCCCGGCAGAUGAAAGUGAAUCUACUGACGAGGAAACACGUAUGACAUCCCUGAUCUAGUCUCAGUUCUUUUUGGUUGGACUAAUCGUUUUUCUUCUUGAUCUCCCCAAGAAGCAGAUGUUUAUCAUUGCAUCAGUUCUGAGUUUCUCUUCCUAAUUAUGAUUUCAUGUAGCUGCCGAGACUGAGACUUCUGAAGAUGAAGAAAAGGAAGAAACUGAUGAUGAAGAUUCUGAGAAGAAGCCCAAGACUAAGACGGUGAAGGAAACAACUUACGAUUGGGAACUUCUGAAUGAUGUGAAGGCCAUAUGGCUCCGCAGUCCAAAGGAAGUUACUGACGAAGAGUACGCGAAGUUCUACCAUUCUCUUGCAAAGGUAAACUAUCAGAAGCUUCUCAACUGUCAGGAUUAGAAUUAUAGAAUGCCAGAUCUUGGUUAAAAACAGUCCAAAUUAAUCACUUCCUCCUUGUUCAUUCAGGAUUUCAGUGAGGAAAAGCCACUGAGCUGGAGUCAUUUUAACGCUGAGGGUGAUGUGGAGUUCAGGGCCGUUCUGUUUGUUCCUCCCAAGGCUCCUCACGAUCUUUACGAAAGUUACUACAACACCCAAAAGUCCAACUUGAAGCUAUAUGUUAGGAGGGUCUUCAUCUCCGAUGAAUUCGAUGACCUUCUUCCAAAGUACCUGAGCUUCUUGAGGGUAAAGGGAGUCAAUUUUCAUGCAGCUCUUGAAAGGCAUCGUGCGGAAUGUGACCAGAUAGCUCAGGAGCCUGACUUUUCGGGACAUUUGUUAUGUGCAGGGUCUUGUGGAUUCCGACUCAUUACCUCUGAAUGUCUCCAGGGAGAUGCUUCAGCAGCAUAGCAGUCUGAAGACCAUUAAGAAGAAGCUCAUCCGCAAAGCCCUCGAUAUGAUCCGGCGGCUUGCAGAUGAGGACCCUGAUGAAUCCACGGAUAAGACAGGUAUUCUGUGCUCAAGAAACUGGAUUCCUGAAACUCCAUCUCGAAUGCCUUCCAUUUGCGCGCUCAUUUCCUUAUGCUGGUCGGAAAUCAGUGUCAGACAAGGACAGCGACGACAGCAACGAGAAGAAGGGCCAGUACACCAAGUUCUGGAAUGAGUUUGGCAAAUCAAUCAAGCUCGGCAUCAUUGAAGAUGCAACCAACAGGCACCGUCUUGCAAAACUCCUCAGAUUCGAGAGGUAAACCUCUGCCAACUUUUUUUUUUAAUAAUAAAUUUGCACCAAUCCCUGCGUCUUCAUCAGGUUCCAGUCCCCUAUAACGUUAUAUCGACUCUGUCACUGCAGCACCAAGUCCGAUGGCAAGCUCACGUCCUUGGACCAGUACAUCUCUAGAAUGAAGUCGGGCCAGAAGGACAUCUUCUACAUCACCGGAACCAGCAAGGAACAACUGGAGAAGUCUCCAUUCCUCGAGAAGCUCAAUAAGAAGAACUACGAGGUAAUCCGCAAGUUGUAUGGAUAUCGUGAUCGCUUUGAUUUCGAUCCACCCACGGGAAGGUGCCUAGAUUCUUGAUUCGCCGUUCUCUCAUUGCCGCGCGCAGGUCAUCUUCUUCACCGAUCCGGUGGACGAGUACCUGAUGCAGUACCUAAUGGACUACGAGGACAAGAAGUUUCAGAACGUGUCCAAGGAGGGGCUCUCCCUUGGGAAGGACUCCAAGAGCAAGGACCUCAAGGAGUCCUUCAAGGACCUGACCAAGUGGUGGAAGGACGCCCUCGCCGCGGACAACGUCGACUCCGUGAAGAUCAGCAACCGCCUGUCCGGCAGCCCCUGCGUGGUGGUCACGGGCAAGUACGGGUGGAGCGCCAACAUGGAGAGGAUCAUGCAGUCCCAAACUCUCUCCGAUUCCAACAAGCAGGCGUACAUGAAGGGCAAGAGGGUGCUCGAGAUCAACCCCAGGCACCCCAUCAUCAAGGAGCUCCGCGAGAGAGUCGUCAAGGAUCCCACGGUGACCGACUGACCGAGGAUCCGAAAAAUGAUGCUCCUCCCCGUUUCUCUCUUGCUAACUCCGCCCCUUGCCUUCGGUCGUUGGUUUCAGGACGAGAGCGCGAAGCAGGCGGCGCAGCUCAUGUACCAGACCGCCUUGAUGGAGAGCGGCUUCAUGCUCAACGACCCCCAGGAUUUCGCCUCCAGGAUAUACUCCUCUGUCAAGUCCUCCCUCAGCAUCAACCCCGACGCGGCCGUGGAGGAGGACGACGCUGAGGAGGCCGAAGCCGAAGAAGAGGCCGGGGCGGUGCCGGAAGCCAAUGCGGACGCGAAGCCCGAGCCCGACACCUCAUAUCUCAAGGACGAGCUCUAG